GUGAGUAGUGAGUACUGAGUAGUGACUAGUGAGUACAGACACAGAGUUCUUUCUUUCUAUUAAAAAUAUCAGAUUUUAUAAAUUAAAUAAUAAUCUGGUUUCCCUUCAAAACGUAUAAAAAAAAGAAAGUAAUAGACAUUUAAUAGCAAUUUUAUCAUCGUUUGAUGAUGACAGUAGUUUCUAAUUCAUUUAUUAGUUACAUUUUAUAAGACCUAAAACGAUCGAUAGGACAUUUUUUAGUUCAUAUAAUUCAGUAUGGCGGAUUUAACUACGAUUGAUUUAACAAAUUCUUUGUGUUUAGUAAAUCACCAUGCUCUGUCUAACUUAAUUAUUGAAUUAGAUGAUACAGACGAGUCAUUUGUUGGGGAUAUAGCUUUUGAGAGUACACCAAUAAGAGCUCCAUCGAAAAAGUUACGACAAUCACUCCUAAAAAAGAAGAAAUUAGACAAAUCACCAGAGAACUCACCAGAUUCCAAAAUAGGAGAAUGCUCUAUUUGUUGUGAAAGAAUAGGGAAAAGACCAGUUUCAUCGACAAUUUGUGGACAUAUUUUUUGCACAACCUGUAUAGAAACAGCAUUGCAACAUGAUAAAAGAUGCCCACAAUGCAGAAAGACAAUGAAAGGAGCAUAUAAAUAUCAUCCAAUAUAUAUACCAUUACAAUCUAAAUGAAAAAUUAGAAAAGAGUAUAUGUCAUUUAUUUAACUUAAUACUAUACAACUUUUUACAUAACUGCUUUGACAAUUUAUAUUUUAUUUUAUUCAGAUGUAUGAAUUAAUCAGUUGCUAUCUUAUAUAUAAGAUUAAGAGAACAAUAGUCAUCCAAUGGUUCUAAUAUUUCUAAAGGGAUCAGUAUUUUUCUUUUCUAUUCCCACAAUAAUCUAUCUAAUUAAAAAAAAUAUUUAAUGUAUAAAUUUUAUUUAGGUUAUAGUUAAAUACCAUUAUUCUGUUCUGUAAAUUUAAUAAGUGUAAUUUUACCACAUGUAAAUUUAUUUAAUGUGAUAUUAUUUUAUGACAAAAGCCCUAAUCAUAACAGAAGGUUUUGGCUUUGGCAACUUAGUAACUGUAAAUUAUAAUAAAUGCUCACUGUUUGAAGAAUAUUAAAUGUCACUAGUAUGAA